GUAUCGGCGAUAGUGGCCCUGUAUUUACUUGGUAUCGGAUCGAUACCAAACCUAGAGGUAUCGCACACCACUAUCUCAUGUGGUCCCUGGUGGCAUUAUUUUUAAAGAGGCACUCCGUCGAACAUAAUUAAAAAAAAAAACAGUGGGCGAGCAGUUCCACGUGAAUUCCCGGUCUCGUCUCAUGACAAACCGCUUCUCCUCCAGCCAAACUCCGUCCUGAGUGGGAGGGCGGUCCGAGGAGGCGAUGAGCCCGCUAGCAGCGCUCCAACAGCAUAGCCGAGCCCGAGUGGGGAGCUAGCGUGCUACCAAACACUGCAGUUUGUUUUCGGGACAGCAUGAUGAAGAACAUUGUCUAGUAUUAUACGCGUAAUCCAAUGCAGCGUGUUGACAGCAUCACUGGGAGUUAGGGGCGUCUUUUUACCCACAACAGCGGGACUUUCCCGGGCCCACGGUGUCCUUGUUUGGAUGGCUCGGGGCUUCCUGACUGAGAGCUCUCCUCCGCUAGCCGCUGCUAAUGGUUGUACGGGCUCGGCUGACUAGCUUCACGGCUAACCGGUUGGCGACAGCUAUCUGAGACAGUUGGUUGACAUCGCUCAUCUGGUAAUUGCCAGGCUCUGAACAGAGCAGAUUUGCUGGCACAACCAUGCCUCCGAGGCCCUCCUCCGGAGAACUAUGGGGGAUGCACUUGAUGCCCCCCAGCAUCUUAGUGGACUGCCUUCUUCCAAAUGGCAUGAUUCUCACGUUGGAGUGCCUCCGGGAGGCCACACUCAUCACAGUCAAGCACGAGCUUUUCAAAGAGGCCAGGAAGUACCCUCUGUACCAUCUGCUGCAGGAGGAGAGCUCCUACAUCUUUGUCAGUGUCACUCAAGAGGCAGAGCGGGAAGAGUUUUACGACGAGACCAGGAGGCUGUGCGAUCUCAGGCUUUUCCAGGCCUUCCUCAAGGUUAUUGAGCCAGUAGGCAACAGGGAAGAGAAAAUACUCAACAGAGAGAUAGGUUUUGCUAUUGGGAUGCCUAUAUGUGAGUUUGAUUUGGUGAAAGACCCAGAAGUGCAAGACUUCAGAAGGAACAUUUUAAAUGUUUGCAAAGAAGCAGUGGACCUCAGAGACUGUAACGGACCCCACAGUAGAGCUUUGUACGUCUACCCUCCCAAUGUAGAGUCCUCAGUAGAACUCCCCAGGCACAUCUACAACAAGCUAGAUAAAGGUCAAAUCAUUGUGGUCAUCUGGGUCAUUGUUUCACCCAGCAAUGACAAGCAGAAGUACACCCUGAAAAUCAACCACGACUGCGUGCCAGAGCAGGUGAUCGCCGAAGCCAUCCGUAAGAAGACGCGGAGCAUGCUGCUCUCCCAGGAGCAGUUAAAGAUGUGUGUGCAAGAGUAUCAGGGAAAGUACAUCCUCAAAGUCUGCGGCUGCGAUGAGUACUUACUGGAGAAAUAUCCUCUGAGUCAGUACAAGUACGUGCGCAGCUGUAUCAUGCUGGGAAGGAUGCCCAACCUGAUGCUUAUGGCAAAGGACAGCCUGUAUUCCCAACUGCCUAUAGACAAUUUCUCCAUGCCGUCAUAUGCGAGGCGAAUAUCCACAGCGACGCCGUACAUGAACGGGGAAACAGCUACCAAGUCUCUGUGGACAAUCAAUGGAACUCUGAGGAUCAAGAUACUGUGUGCAACUUAUGUCAAUGUCAACAUCAGAGACAUUGAUAAGAUCUAUGUCAGGACUGGGAUAUAUCACGGUGGAGAGCAGUUGUGUGACAACGUCAACACCCAGCGUGUGCCCUGCUCCAACCCCAGGUGGAACGAGUGGUUGAACUACGACAUGUACAUUCCAGAAAUUCCCAGAGCCGCCCGACUGUGCCUCUCCAUUUGCUCUGUGAAAGGAAGGAAGGGAGCUAAGGAGGAGCACUGUCCUCUUGCCUGGGGCAACAUCAACCUGUUUGACUACACCCACACACUAGUAGCAGGGAAGAUGGCUCUCAACCUGUGGCCUGUCCCACAUGGCCUGGAAGACUUGCUUAACCCUAUCGGUGUCACAGGCUCCAACCCAAACAAGGAAACCCCUUGUUUGGAGCUGGAGUUCGAUCAUUUCAGCAGCCCGGUCAAGUUCCCUGAUAUGACUGUAGUGGAGGAACAUGCCAACUGGAACAUAUCCAGAGAACUUGGCUUUAAUUACUGCCACACCGGUUUGAGUAACAGACUGGCACGAGACAACCCCCUGACUGACAGCGACAACGAGCAGCUACGACAAGUGUGUAACAGAGACCCGCUGUCUGAAAUAACUGAGCAGGAGAAAGACUUUCUGUGGAGGCACAGACAUGACUGCACCAACAUGCCAGAGAUCCUCCCUAAGAUCCUGCUGGCUGUGAAAUGGAACUCCAGAGAUGAGGUUGCACAGAUGUAUUGCCUUCUGAAGGACUGGCCCGCUAUCAAGCCAGAACAAGCCAUGGAGUUGCUCGAUUGCAACUUCCCCGAUCCCAUGAUCCGAGAGUUUGCUGUAAAGUGCCUUGAGAAAUACUUAACUGACGACAAACUCUCACAGUACCUCAUUCAGCUGGUUCAGGUUCUAAAGUACGAGCAGUACCUUGAUAACCCACUGGCGCGCUUUCUGCUGAAGAAGGCAUUAACCAAUCAGAGGAUAGGACACUUCUUCUUCUGGCAUUUAAAGUCAGAGAUGCACAACAAGACGGUGAGCCAGCGGUUCGGUCUGCUGCUGGAGUCGUACUGCCGGGCCUGUGGCAUGUAUCUGAAGCACCUGAGCAGACAGGUGGAGGCCAUGGAGAAACUCAUCAAUCUCACCGACCUCCUCAAACAGGAGAAAAAAGAUGAGGCGCAGAAGGUUCAGAUGAAGUUUCUGGUGGAGCAGAUGAGAAGACCCGACUACAUGGAUGCACUGCAAAGCUUCACCUCCCCACUGAAUCCGGCGCACCAGCUAGGAAACCUCCGCCUGGAGGAAUGCAGAAUGAUGUCAUCAGCAAAGCGGCCUUUAUGGCUUAACUGGGAAAACCCUGAUAUGAUGUCGGAGCUGCUGUUUCAGAACAAUGAAAUCAUCUUCAAAAAUGGAGAUGAUCUGAGGCAAGACAUGCUGACGCUGCAGAUCAUUAGGAUAAUGGAGAACAUCUGGCAGAACCAAGGCCUUGAUCUCAGGAUGCUGCCGUACGGUUGCUUGUCAAUUGGUGACUGCGUGGGUCUGAUCGAGGUGGUGAGGAACUCUCACACCAUCAUGCAGAUCCAGUGUAAAGGAGGCCUAAAGGGGGCGCUGCAGUUCAACAGCCACACGCUGCAUCAGUGGCUCAAAGACAAGAACAAGGGAGAGAUGUAUGACCAGGCCAUAGAUCUGUUCACGCGGUCAUGUGCAGGCUACUGUGUAGCCACAUUUAUCCUGGGCAUAGGGGACAGACACAACAGCAACAUCAUGGUCAAAGAUGAUGGACAGCUGUUCCACAUAGACUUUGGCCACUUCCUUGACCACAAAAAGAAGAAGUUUGGCUACAAGAGGGAGCGAGUGCCCUUUGUGCUUACUCAAGACUUCUUGAUCGUUAUUAGCAAAGGAACACAGGAGUGCACCAAAACGAGGGAGUUUGAACGGUUCCAGGAGAUGUGUUACAAGGCGUACCUGGCGAUCCGGCAGCACGCCAACCUCUUCAUCAACCUCUUCUCCAUGAUGCUGGGCUCGGGGAUGCCCGAGCUGCAGUCCUUCGACGACAUUGCCUACAUCAGAAAGACCUUGGCUCUGGACAAGUCCGAGCAGGAGGCCCUCGACUACUUCAUGAAGCAGAUGAACGACGCUCACCACGGCGGCUGGACCACCAAGAUGGACUGGAUCUUCCACACGAUUCGCCAGCAUGCCAUGAACUGAGAGUAAGAACCAAAAGAGCAGCGAGAAAUUAGUUUUCCCCAAACGCACUAAGGCCUGGUUAAUGUUAAUCUGCUGGUGUGUGACUCUGCAAUAUCAUCUGCCAGUGCGCGACAGAACGAAGAUGCUCACCAGAGUCUUUGUCAGGGAUUUAAUUCCUAAAUGCUCGUGUUUCUACAGAAGUCUGACAUUUGUCUCCCUGCAUUAUGAACUUCAGAAGGCACCAUGGAGUUAUAUUUCAUUUGUCUUCGUCGUAUAAAAGUGAAAUGGACCUCGCUAAGCUCGGACUUUAUGUGAACUGACACGUUUUAUUUUAUUUUUUUUCCUCUUUUCUUUUUAACUUAACCAUCAGCAUUAAGAGAGGAACACUGUGGGCACUGCUGGCUCCGUCUAAAGAUGACCUGAAAGUGAAUGAUUUCUACUACCUAUUUUGAACUGAAGAAGAUGGAGGGAGGGUGGGGAUGGGGGGGGUUAUUGGCGCAUGCAGCUGGGUUUGUGUUCACCACGUCAGAUGAAAUGAAAGGACACCGAGCUGACAGGUGCUCACAAAACCAUUAUUUUCUUUUACACUUGUAUAAACGGCAGCACUCGAAGUACUGGACGGACAGAGGAUGUGUUGCUGAGAAACCCUAACUAGCAUUUAACACUUUAACUGAGAUAAUGACCCGUUUGUAGCCUAUCAGUGACAUGUCCUCACUUUAGAAAUAAUGUCACAUCAGAUGACUGACUUUUGUACAGCGAUAUAUCCACAUACUUGUAUGCAUUCGGUGCACAUAUUCCUUUUUUGAGUCUAUUUUCUACUGAGCCAAAGUACUAGAUGUAUAACCCCACUACUCAGCAGUCUUAUUGUUAAAGAAAAAGUCACUACUAUUCCAAGUCUUUUUGUGUACUCAUAGCACUGAUCUCUGCAGUAUUUGUUUCUGUUUUGUCUAUCAGUAUUAUUCUGUGUCGAGACACAAACCAUCGUCACACACCCAGAGCAGAUGGACCAGAGAAAACCUUUCUGAUGGCCAGCUGUAUAACCUGUCAUAAGUUGUUUUGCUUGUUUUUUUUUUUUUGUGAGUUAUUCAGCUGACACAGACGAGAAACACAUGGGGUGGGGGGUGUGUAGUGUUUGUGUGCUGUGCUGUUACACUAUGCAAGUCGUGAUCCUAACAUGUACUGUAUACUGCAAAAAAAGAAGAAGAAGAAAAAAAAAAGAUGUCAGAAUAAGCAUAGAGAAUUGCAUUACCCCCUCUUCCCCAAACCUGCUGUGAACACACAGUGAAGUAUGUCACAACCUUGUACACACAGUAAAAAAAAAAAAAAAAAAAAAAAACGCACAAUGCUGCCGUGUAACAGUGUCAUCCGCUUCUUCCCUGCAAAAAGAACUGUGAGAAACCCAUUCGGACUUCUACCGCUCCCCCUCUGACUUUGGGAGCUUCGAUCUAAGCCAUCUGUCAAAUGUCCCGAGACGUCCGGUCGUUCGCGUCUCCUCGUUCUCUGCUCUCAAAUUUGCCAGAUCGUGAAUCCAGGUAAAGAAAAGCAACCGAAGUGAUAUUUCUUUUUAAACCUUCCAAGUGUCUUCUUCCCUCUCUUCUUCCUGUGAUUGUCGCCCCCUUGCGCGUUGAAGAGCUGUCGCUGCCGGUUCGAUUGCUGCGCGGACUCGCGCGUGAGAGGUCCCCAAGUGUUCUAGCUUUACUAAAUGAUAACCUAACGGGGCGGUUUCCUGGACACUUGAGUCCGAUAGUCCAGUUUGUGCUUUUCUCUGCGCGGUUGAGGACUUAAAACUGCUCAGGAAACCGAUCCCAGUGAGAUGCAUGCGUCUCUGUGCGGGAUACAGAGCAGUGGGCCGGACCCCAACUGACAAAACGAAACCCCAUGUAUUUUAUAGAAGAUCUAUCUAAAUGACACAAGUUCCCUUUGUACUUGUUUUGUUUCUCACAUUUCAUUAUGCAUGAGGUCCUCAAAUAUCUACCUUUUGUUUUGUUUUGUUUUGUUGUUGUUUGACCUGAUGUUGUUUACUUGAAUUUCAUGUAUAGAAAUGACCUUGUUACUUGUUUGAGGUACAACAAAGUCACAAUGAAGGUAACAGAUACUGACACUGCUACUACAUGUGCAAAUGCUUUCCUUGAAUAACUACAGAGGUAAUAUAUUUUUGUAUUUUUAAAUGUAAACACACUCAUAUAUGUAACUGCUAACCAAAAAAAAAAAGAAAGAAAAAAAUGGCACCAUUCUCAUACAAAAAUCCAGCAAAUGGCAUCUAGUUGUUGAAAUGAUAUGAAUGACAAAGCGGAGGUGAAUGAAGGACGAGGACUUUACGAUGACCGAGUACCUUUAGUGGAAGUCUGUAAGCACAAUAAAGGAAGAAGAAACUACUCUGCAUGAUUUAACAAGCACCAUACUUGUGUUAGUUAUCUAUACAUCUGUAUAUAUCAUUAUGGAGACCUUCAAAUAAUUGUUUUAAUCAUCCUUGUAUGACCAUGUCUCAUAAGAAACUGUAUGCAUUCAUUUAUUGUGCUGUUGAAUAAAACAUUUCUCCUAAAUCUUAA